GCUGCUCUUAUAGAGGCUCUCUGGCAGGCUCGUACACCAAGUAACCACCAGAGCUCAUCACCAGCUUCAAUUAUUGCGGCGAUUAAUCAGCUUAAGAAGGGGGCUGAGAUAAUGAUGCUCUCGGCUGAGCUAAUGCGCGAUCGAAUUGCCAGCCUUGAGAGAGCUAAUACAGCAGUAUCAGAGCGUAGAAAACGUAAGAAAAAGCGGAUACAGAAGCAAGGAGUCCUCUCAAAGGGAGCUGGCGAGGAUCUACUCGCUCAGCGUGAGGCUGAUCAGCAGAUUGCUUAUGAAGAGCGUCAAGAAGGAGCGCGAUUAAGUGUCAGCCGCCAGGCUCUUGCGCGCUGUAGCAGGUGUAGGGAGACUGGUCACAAUGCACGUACAUGCAAGAAAGAUAUCUUAGAUAGUACUUAA